AUGGACGCCCGGGUGGAUUUUGACAUCAAUGAGGCGGUUAAGCUGUUCGACAGCGAUCCCUCCGCGAUACCCACCCCCGAGGCCCCGCAGGCGCUGCAAGACUGCGAAGAUGAGCCAGAAUCGCUGUCGUCGCCCGGAUUGAUCAACAGCGAGCUGAAUCCUGUGGUUGAUGCCGUGGCAGAGAGUCCAGAUGCGAUUACUCGCAGCUCUGUGUUUGACACGCUGCAGUUUCUCUUGAAGCACUCGUCGCAAAUACCGCCAGCCAUCCUCAGCAAGAUCCUCGACCUCAUCUCCUCGGCGCUGUCCACGCAAACCGACAUCAUCCACGCCGACCUCGAAGCCGAAGACCAAGAUGCGAUACCACACCACAAGAACCUGCUGGAGAUGUACGGCUUCCUUCUCCGAUGGACCAUCUCCGCCGUCGAGACCAGAGCGCUGGAGAAGUCUGCUUCCGCACCAGCAGCGCGGGGGCGGGGUAAGGCCACAAAGACGAAAGCGGGAGGCGGCAAAGACGUCGUCUGGGAUGCCUCAGCGCAACUAGAGACGGCUCUCGACCGCAUGAGCAAGGUGCUGAGGCUCAAGCUGGGCCGAAUCUUCGUUACCACCUCGGAGCGAGAUACCUUCAUCGGCCUCUUCACCAAGCCAGUAUACCACAUCCUCGAGAACGAGGCAAGAGUCAAGAGCAACGCCAUACGGAGUCACUGCUUCAGGGUUCUGUGCUUUGCCGUCAAGUCUCACGGACAUGCAUACACUGCUCAGACGUCCAUCAACCAGAGCUUGACAUACUUCGAGCAUCUCGCAGAGCCCAUGGCCGAAUUCCUCUUCACACUAGCCGACGCUUUCGACUACCCACAGCUUACCGAAGACGUGUUGAAGGACAUCAGCAGCAAAGAAUUCAGUUCUACCGAUCUGAAGGGGCCAAAGUCCAUCUCGACCUUUCUUACCAAGAUCUCCGAACUCACGCCGCAUCUUGUCAUUCGUCAAAUGACGUUGCUCGCCAAUUUACUGGACAGCGAGUCAUAUACCCUCCGUUGCGCUCUGAUUGAGGUGUGCGGAAACUUGAUCAUCAUGCUUAGCAAGCUGAGCCAGGACGACCGCAGCGAGCAACACAAGCAACAAAUUCGCAUCUUCUUCGACGUACUACAGGACCGCUUCCUGGACAUCAACCCCUACUGCCGUGCUCGAGUGAUGCAAGUCUACAUCAAACUCUUGGAUCUAGAGCAGAAAUACCCCAAGCGCAGGCAGAAGGUCGCCGAACUCGCUGCACGUAGUCUGGAAGACAAGAGCAGUAAUGUACGUCGUAACGCAGUCAAGCUGCUCGCGAAGCUCAUCUCAACCCAUCCUUUCACUACCUUUGAUGGUGGAUUGCUAUCGACCAAGGAUUGGGAACAGAGGUUGGCCGAUGUCGACGCUCAGAUCGACGCCUUACAACCCCCGGAAGAGCUACGCGAGCGUGCCCCUGGUGAACAGACUGUAGACGAGACUCUAUUGCAAGACGCAACUCAGGCCGAUAACGAUGAAGCACCCCAACAUCCAUCCGAGAUGUCCGAGGAAGAGAGAGCUGCUGUAAUUGCAAAGGCACAGAGAGACGCUGCGACCGCGCAAGAACUGGAAAAGUUCCAGGCAGUACGCAAGUAUCUGAUGGAAGCGCUCAAAUUCAUCGAAGUGCUCAACGACGCUGCUGAGGUGGUCACUCAAUUACUGUCGUCCAAGAACAAGAGCGAAGUUAUCGAGGCCAUGGACUUCUUUGUGACAAUCGACGCAUACAAGAUCGCGAAUGCGAAGCUCGGUAUCCGGAGGAUGUUGCGUCUUAUUUGGACCAAGGGCAACAGCGACGAAGGCAAGGGUGUUCAGACGCAUCUGUUGGAGUGCUAUAAGGGCCUCUUCUUCGACGCGCCACCUGGCUUUGAUGCCAAUGCAGUUGCUAACUACAUCUCGAAGAACAUGAUCAGUCUGACAUUUGGCACAACCCCCGCUGAACUCACAUCACUCGAGCAGCUCCUCAGCACCAUGAUGAAGCAGGGGCUAGUCAACGCGUUGGUUAUUCAGAAGCUUUGGCAAAUAUAUGGAUACCAGAAGAAAGACAUUUCCAAGAACCAGCGCCGUGGAGCAAUCAUCGUUCUGGGUAUGCUCGCACUCUCGGCUCCACAGAUCAUUGUCGAGGAGAUGGAAGUAUGUCUGCGCAUUGGUCUCGGGGAGCUCGGCCGACGCGAUUUGGGUCUGGCUCGAUACACCUGUAUAGCUCUGCGCCGCAUGAGUCCACCACCUGGAAGGCAGGCCUCGAACGACAAGCCAGUACAGACCGUCAAGCUUCCAAACGAUCACGCAGUUCUUGUCAGACUGGCCGCCAUCACAGAGAUGCCAUCUGAUAGCAAGGAAUGGUUUGGCGUUGCAGAACAAGCCAUCAGUGCUAUAUACGUCCUCUCAAAACAUCCCGACGUUUUGUGCUCCGAGAUCAUCCGCAAAGUCACAAAGCGUGUGUUUGCGGGACAAGCGAAAGCUGAGUCACGGCCGACGUCUAGUUCCAGUGCUGCGGAACCAAUGGAGGUCGAUCAGGGAGAUGAGGAGAUGCCCGACGCGCCUGCGGUUGAGGAACCACAACAAAAGAAACAGAAUUCGGCGCUUGCAUUAUCGCAGCUGCUUUUCGUUGUCGGUCACAUUGCCAUAAAACAAAUCGUCCACUUGGAGCUUUGUGAGCUUGAGUUCAAGCGCCGCAAGGCUGAGAAAGAUAAGAUGGCACCGACACCUAGGAAAUCCAUGUCUUCGUCCGGACCCACACCGCUCAAGAAGGGGCGGAAGCGGGGCUCGACCAAAGAACCAACGCCAGCGCCUGAAGAAGACGAUCUAGAGCUCAUGGCGGGAACGAACGAAGAUGACUUCACAGAAGCCAUUGCACACGUUCGUGAACGUGAACUUCUAUAUGGUCCACAGUCUCUCCUCGCAAACUUCGGACCACUCGUAGCAGACAUUUGCGCCAACAACACGUCGUAUAACCACCCAACGCUACAAGCACAAGCUGCACUGUGCUUAGCCAAGCUCAUGUGUGUCAGCUCAGAGUACUGCGAGACCAACCUCGGUCUGUUACUCACCAUCCUCGAACGAAGCCAAGACGCCGUUGUGCGCAGUAACCUUGUCGUCGCACUCGGCGACAUGGCCGUAUGCUUCAACCAUCUCAUCGACGAGAACACCGACUUCCUUUACCGCCGUCUGAACGACGGCGACCCAAGCGUCAAGCGCACAUGUCUCAUGACCCUAACCUUCCUGAUUCUAGCCGGCCAAGUCAAGGUCAAGGGCCAGCUAGGCGAAAUGGCCAAGUGUCUCGAAGACAGCGACAAGAAGAUUGCAGACAUGGCACGCAUGUUCUUCACCGAGCUGUCCACCAAGGACAACGCUGUGUACAACCAGUUCAUCGACAUGUUUAGUGUACUCAGCGCCGAUUCUGGACUGAGCGAGGAUGCUCUGAAGAGGAUUGUCAAGUUCCUGGCUGGGUUUAUCGAAAAGGACAAACAUGCCAAACAGCUGGCAGCGAAGCUCGCGUCCAGGCUACCGAGAGCGGAGAGCGAGAGGCAGUGGAACGAUGUCGCGUAUGCAUUGAACCAGCUUCAGCACAAGGACGAGGAUAUUCAGAAAAUGGUCUCGGAUGGUUUUAAGGUUGUGCAAGCGAAUGCUUAA